GCCCAAUCAAGCGCACAGUUGAAGAGGAGUGCAUGGUUUCCGGCAUUUGGCUGGGCCUUUGUCUCUCGCUCCCACCAGAGCUUGGAAUCCGUCUCUGCUCUUCUGCAUUCUCCACCUCCGGAGCCCCUGGGGACUCUGUGACGGCCUCUGUUGCCCUGUGAUCUGCAGGUCCGGAGAGACGCACAGCUAAGAUGUCAGGACAUCCUGGAAGCUGGGAAAGGGUCUUGCCAUCUCUAAGCUGGACCUGGUGACCUUUUUGGAGGGAAAGAAAGAGCCCUGGACUGUGAAGAGUGAGGAGACCAUAGCUGCACAGCCAGUCCAGAUGUAUAAUCUCAUCCCUGAACAUUUCUGAUGGUGUGAUUAUGACAUGUGACUUUAUCUGGCAACAGAGUGAGUUGUUUCUCCCGCCUGAACCCAGCCCCCAGAAAGGAUUGUGACAUAUCGUUGGACCCAGAAUUGAGGUGCAGUUUUGACACACUUCUGCCCAGCAGCUGAGUAUUGUGAUUCUUCAGAAUUGGCCCAGCCUACAAAUAGGAUUGUGCCACACUGCUGGACCCAGCACCUAGAUGAUGUAACUAUUCUCCUGCCUUGUUGCUACUCAAAAAAGACAUUAACAUAUCUCAGAGCCUUGCACCCAGAAGGCAUUGAGACAUGGCUGGGCUCAGCACUAAGAAGAUGUGAGUCCUCUGCCUGAAGCCUGACCACAGGGAGCAUUGUGACACAUUUCUUGACCCAUUACAAUCUCUUCUACGGGCAAAGCUGAGUUUUUCUCCUGCAGGAAAGAUUGUGAAAUAUUACUGAACUAAGCACCAAAGGGAUAUAUUUUUUUUCUUGGACCUGCCCACGUAAGACCUUGUGACAUAUUGCUGGGCCCUACACCUAGAUGAUGGACUGUUGACAUUUAGGGAUGUGGCCAUAGAAUUCUCUCUGGAGGAGUGGCAACACCUGGACAUUGCACAGCAGAAUUUAUAUAGAAAUGUGAUGUUAGAGAACUACAGAAACCUGGCCUUCCUGGGUAUUGCUGUCUCUAAGCCAGACCUGAUCACUUGUCUGGAGCAAGGGAAAGAGCCCUGGAAUAUGAAGCGACAUGAGAUGGUGGAUGAACCCCCAGAUAUGUGUCCUCAUUUUGCUCAAGACCUUUGGCCAGAGCAGGGCAUGGAAGAUUCUUUUCAAAAAGCAACACUGAGAAGAUAUGGAAAAUAUGGACAUGAGAAUUUACAGUUAAGAAAAGGCUGUAAAAGUGUGGAUGAGUAUAAGGUGAACAAAGAAGGUUAUAAUGGACUUAACCAGUGUUUCACAACUGCCCAGAGCAAAGUAUUUCAAUGUGAUAAAUAUUUGAAAGUCUUCUAUAAAUUUUUAAAUUCAAACAGACCUAAGAUAAGACAUACUGAAAAGAAAUCUUUCAAAUGUAAAAAAUGUGUCAAAUUAUUUUGCAUGCUUUCACAUAAAACCCAACACAAAAGCAUUUAUCAUAGAGAGAAGUCCUACAAAUGUAAAGAAUGUGGAAAAACCUUUAAUUGGUCCUCAACCCUUACUAAUCAUAGGAAAAUUUAUACUGAAGAGAGACCUUACAAAUGUGAAGAAUAUAACAAAUCUCCUAAACAACUCUCAACCCUUACUACACAUGAAAUAAUUCAUGCUGGAGAGAAACUCUACAAAUGUGAAGAAUGUGGUGAAGCUUUUAAUCGAUCCUCAAAUCUUACUACACAUAAGAUAAUUCAUGCUGGAGAGAAACAUUACAAGUGUGAAGAAUGUGGCAAAGCAUUUAUCUGGUCCUCAACCCUUACUGAGCAUAAGAAAAUUCAUACUAGAAAGAAACCCUACAAGUGUGAAGAAUGUGGCAAAGCAUUUAUAUGGUCCUCAACACUAACUAGACAUAAGAGGAUGCACACUGGAGAGAGACCCUACAAAUGUGAAGAAUGUGGCAAAGCUUUUAGCCAGUCCUCAACCCUUACUACACAUAAGAUAAUUCAUACUGGAGAGAAACGCUACAAAUGCUUAGAAUGUGGCAAAGCUUUUAAGCAACUCUCAACUCUUACUACACAUAAAAUAAUUCAUGUUGGAGAGAAACUCUACAAAUGUGAAGAAUGCGGCAAAGGUUUUAAUCGAUCUUCAAAUCUUACUACACAUAAGAUAAUUCAUACUGGAGAGAAACCUUACAAGUGUGAAGAAUGUGGCAAAGCAUUUAUCUGGUCCUCAACCCUUACUAAACAUAAGAGAAUUCAUACUAGAGAGAAACCCUACAAAUGUGAAGAAUGUGGCAAGGCAUUUAUAUGGUCCUCAACCCUAACUAGACAUAAGAGGAUGCACACUGGAGAGAAACCCUACAAAUGUGAAGAAUGUGGCAAAUCUUUUAGCCAAUCCUCAACCCUUACUACACAUAAGAUAAUUCAUACUGGAGAGAAACCCUACAAAUGUGAAGAAUGUGGCAAAGCCUUUAACUGGUCCUCAACUCUUACUAAACAUAAGAUAAUUCAUACUGAAGAGAAACCCUACAAAUGUGAAAAAUGUGGCAAAGCCUUUAAGCAGUCUUCAAUCCUUACUAACCAUAAGAGAAUUCAUACUGGAGAGAAACCCUAUAAAUGUGAAGAAUGUGGCAAAUCUUUUAACCGGUCUUCAACUUUUACUAAACAUAAGGUAAUUCAUACUGGAGUAAAACCCUACAAAUGUGAAGAAUGUGGCAAAGCAUUUUUCUGGUCCUCAACCCUAACUAAACAUAAGAGAAUUCAUACUGGAGAGCAACCCUACAAAUGGGAAAAAUUUGGCAAAGCCUUUAAUCGGUCCUCGCACCUCACCACAGAUAAGAUAACUCAUUGGAGAGAAAUCCUACAAGUAUGAAUAAUGUGCCAAAGCCUAAGAAAACCCUCAAUUCUUAAUAGAUAUAAGAUUAUUCCUACUGGAGAGAAACUACAAACCUGAGAGAGGCACUAAUGCUUUUGACAGUACCUAAAACUUUAAAGAAAAUCAUUCUGCUGAAAAAUCCUAGAAAUGUGAAGAAUGUGAAAAAGCCUUUAAAGGAUUGUCACACUUGAUUGUAGGUAAGAUAAUUCAUACUGGAGAAAACUACCAGUGUGAACAGUGCGGCCAAGCUUCGACAAUGCUCACACCCUAUUGCACAGGAAAGCAUUUAUACUUGAGAAGAAAUGUACAAAUAUAGGCAAAGUAAAAAAGCCGUUAAUACCUGAAUACCUGCUCACAUCUUACUCAAAAUUGUAGAGUUCAUAGUAAAUAAAAGCAUUAAAAUUCUAAUUACUCUCAGAAGAUCUGUCAGAAAGUAUGUCUUUAAAGUAUAGAAGAGCAUUUAUUUUGAAAAAACAUUACACAUAUGAAGAGGAUUGUAAUAUCUUUACUUGUACCACAGAUCUUAUUGUACACAUUUUAUACUAGAGAAAAACCCUCAGGCAGUUGUUAAAAUUUUGUUGAACAUCAGGGAGUUUAAGAAAACCCUGCAAGUAUAAUGAAUUUGGAAAAACAUUUUUUCAAAAACUACAAAUUAUAAAACACCGAAGUGUUCAUACUAAAAUAUAUUUUUGCAGAUACAUUAAAUAUGAAAGAUAUUCAAUCCAAAAUUAAGUCUAUGUAAAUAUCAGGGAAUAAUUCACAGUAGAAAUAUCUAGGGCACUCAAGCUUUAGACAUUACACUAAAUCAGAGUGCUGAGUAUAGAAAAUAAUACAAACUAAAAUUUGUCUAAACAUUUGUAUAUAACUUUAAAAAGUAGCAUAUUUUUUGGAGGGUUAUAAUUACAUUCGAAGUACUUUUUUUUGAAAAUACAGAUUUUUAAAAAAGAA